AUGAGGGACCGAAACCAUACAACUGUCAUCAUCUCAUGUGGGACAUUCACAGUGGAAAGAAGAAGAAGCAGCAGCUCCCCUCCUGUGCAGAAGGUGGCGGUAAUGCACCUAACGUUACCGUUGGUUGCCAAUAGCCAUUAAUAGACAGGAAGAAGAAGAACGCCCAUUUUGCUCACACUGUCCGGCCAUCGUAGUGGGUUGAAACAUCAACAGACAGAUAGAAGAGGACAAAGAGCUGCAAUGGACGGAGAUGUCGCAGUUGGUGUGAAGAGAGGCUCAGAUGAGCUCAACAUGUAUGGUAGCAGCCCCAACUCUAUGACCGCAAAUGGCAGUGACAGUAAGAAACAGCGUUUGGAUGAAUCACCUCCCUCCAGAGUUCUCCACAUCAGGAAACUUCCCAAUGAAGUGUCAGAGACUGAAGUUAUUGCUUUGGGGCUACCCUUUGGAAAGGUCACCAACAUACUGAUGCUCAAGGGGAAGAACCAGGCUUUUCUGGAGUUGGGUACAGAGGAAGCAGCCAUUACUAUGGUGAACUACUACACAGCUGUCACACCACAGGUCAGAAACACACCUGUCUUCAUCCAGUACUCCAACCAUAAGGAACUGAAAACAGACUCAGCCCUGAACCAGAGGGCCCAGGCAGUGCUGCAAGCAGUGUCAGCCGUUCAGGAUGGAAGCUCUCCAUCUUCUGACCCAGGAGUUCUGGACCUCGCUCCACCCCCUAGCCCUGUCUUGCGAAUUAUUAUUGACAACAUGUUUUAUCCUGUGACACUGGACGUUCUACAACAGAUCUUCAGUAAAUUUGGAACCGUGAUGAAGAUUAUAACCUUCACCAAGAACAACCAGUUUCAGGCUCUUCUGCAAUUCAGUGACCCUGUCAAUGCACAGCAAGCUAAACUGUCUUUGGAUGGACAGAACAUCUAUAAUUCAUGCUGUACUCUGCGGAUAGACUUCAGUAAACUGGUCAACCUCAAUGUCAAAUACAACAAUGAUAAGAGUCGAGAUUACACCAGACCUGACCUUCCUACCGGAGAUGGAGAGGCAACCAACAAGGAUCAUUCUUUAUUGGGUACCCCAUCUGGAGCACUAGCUUCCUACUCUAGUGGAGGAGGUUACUCAUCUUCUCUCUCCCUCUCGCAGGGUGGAGGAGCCAUUAGUCCUCUGAGUGCUGCAGCAGCAGCAGCAGCAGCUGCAGGUCGUGUUGCUCUGUCUGGGUCCGGAGUGUCAGGGGUCCUGUUGGCAUCCAACCUAAAUGAAGAGAUGGUCACGCCUCAAAGUCUCUUUACCCUCUUCGGAGUCUAUGGUGAUGUCCAGAGGGUGAAGAUCCUCUACAACAAAAAGGACAGCGCUCUGAUCCAGCUGUCCGAUGGCAACCAGGCUCAGCUGGCUAUGAGCCAUUUGAAUGGUCAGAAGGUGUUUGGUAAAGUGAUGAGAGUGACACUGUCAAAACAUCAAACUGUGGCUUUACCCAGAGAAGGAUUGGAUGACCAGCUACUAACUAAAGAUUUCUCUGGCUCUCCACUUCAUCGCUUUAAGAAGCCUGGAUCCAAGAAUUUCCAGAAUAUCUUUCCUCCCUCCGCAACACUUCAUCUCUCCAAUAUCCGGGAUGGUGUUGGAGAGGAUGAUCUACGUCUUCUGUUCUCUAACAGUGGAGGAACUUGCAAGGCCUUCAAGUUCUUCCAGGACCGUAAGAUGGCUUUGAUCCAGAUGUCGUCAGUAGAGGAAGCAAUCCAAGCACUGAUGGAUCUUCACAAUUAUGACAUGGGAGGGAAUCACCAUCUAAAAGUUUCUUUUUCAAAGUCCACCAUCUAACCCUCACACCCAACUCCUACACGUUAAGAUCCGCGAGGAGCAAGGAAGUCACUACUUUUUUCCUUUUCAACAUGUUCUGUUAACCUCUUCUGCGUUAUCCCCAAACCUUGAGUGGUAUUAAGUAGUACAGUAUCACACAUAAUGUGAUUAAAUGUCCAAAGCUUAAAAUUAAAAUUAAAAAACAAACAUCAUAAAGUUUCAGGUAAAAUAUUCAUAAAAUCCAAAUUCAACAAAGUAAACUUGACCAAUAGAAGCAGUACUUAACCCAGCCCAAGCCCAUAUGCAGUUUGCAAAGUUUACCAGUUUUCCUGCUUUUACCCAUAUAAUAUCUUAAAGAGCAACUAAACAGCAGCUAAAAAUCUUGUCUUUCCUGACCUCCAGAGGUUUAACUUUCACCUUGCUGCAGUGAUGCAGAGGUGAACUCCUGGGUCUGUCAGUACAUCGUGACAUCAUUGUUGGGUUUAGUUACAGGUGCAACAGUGGGCACUUCUGACCACAGCCAGGAGUGAUGCAAAGCGUGGUCAGCAUUGAAACAGACUUGAAUUCUCCCUCUCUCAUUUCUCUUGAGGUUUGAGUUCCUGUAAUUAAUGAUCUCUUAUUUUCUGUACAUUGUGUUGCUACUUGAACCUUUUCUGUUCCCAAGAAAGUUCCCAAGUUUCUGACACACACAUCCUCACCAUACUGAUUCUGACCUCCAAACCUCAUCCUAUUUGUUUGUGCACUUUGUGCAUUCAGAAUUAAAAAACUGUUAUCUUGGAAAUUUCAUCCAUCUUACAAGCAUAAGGGAGCAGAUGGUGUGUUAUUCACUCUGUUCUCUCCUCUCAUCUGCAAUGUAAAUAUUACCAGUUUUACAUUACCAGCACCCAAUGAUACUUUGUAAGGAUUUUCACAACCUACACUAUAACAGCUCGCAGCUCUAGAAAGUGUUGCUGCACUACAUACAAUCACUUACAAUGUUUCAACACCAGACGUAAUUUAAGAUAGAAUAAACUACGUGUGGUGCAAUUUCCAAAAUCAAGAAAUUUUUUUUUUUUUUUAACUGUGAACAAUCACUUUCAAGCCAUUUAUACAUGAUGUUGAUUAAAAGCGACAAGUUCAUUGUAGCCGCUCUAUGGGGAUGUUUAAAGGCUUUCAGGGAAAUGUGAAUAAUAAUCUGAAGCUAAUGAUGCUUUGUUCAGGACAAUUGAGUACUCCCCAAAUUUCCUUUACAAAAUAACUUGGAAUGUAUUUACAUUAACACUUUGUAAUAAUAUUGAGGAUCCAAAGGUGGAGCUUUUCCUUGAAGAAUAGAGCCAUCUGUAAUGUUCCUGUUUAAAUUCCAUCCAAUUCUUUUGAAAACUAAUGCGUGCGCGCGCACACACACACACACACACACACAAAAACACAAACACAGAGGAUGCAUGCUUAUGCUUUUCGUUUAGACAAGGUGUCAACAUGUGAUUUUGGUCUUGGUUUUCAGAUUUUGGGAGGAGACCUGUUGGGACCAAAGUACAUGUGCCUUUAGUCUGUGAUCUGAUUUUACUGUUGAUUCUUUUGUGUCUUUAAACGCUUAAUUUUGCUGGUAAUGUUUGUUGAUCCUGUGUUGUAAACUUGUAGAAAUUGUAUUUUGUUAAUUUUUAAAAAAUAGUUGUGAACCACAUAUUCCCAGUCUGGCAAGAUAAGCAGAGAUGCAAAGAAAACUGUCACUGUUUGAACUGAGGUCAUCUCCAACUUUUUUUUAAAGUUUUUUUUUUUUUAACUCAUCUCUGGUUCUUACUUGCAGCUGCAGACUUUAUUUUUGGAUAGUUCUUCUUUUAGGGGAUUGUUGUAAUUUCUUUACUUGAGAUGAGAUUUUUUUUUUUUUUUUUUGUCAUAAAAUUUCAGAUUAGCACAAAUUAAACACAUCUUUUCUACCAAGGAGCCCAAGUUAAACUGUGUGUUUUUGUGUGUGUGUGUGUGUGUGUGUGUGGACUGGGUU